CUCCUCAAAGUCAAAAGUCGGAAUGUUUCUUCUGCUGCUUUGCUUCCACGUCGUCACCUCGCAAUGUCACGCCGAGCCUCCGCCACUGGAUGUCGUGGUGGACCGCUACCACAUGCCCAAACGUUGCCCCCGUGAGGUUCAAAUGGAGGACUUCGUUCGCUACCACUUCAACGGAACCUUUCAGUCGAACGAAACGAUGUUCGACUCCAGUCAUAUCCGAGGUAAGGCGUUCAUCAGUCAGGUGGGUGUGGGCCGUCUCAUCCAGGGAAUGGACCGAGGCCUGCUGGGCACCUGUGUCAACGAGCGCCGCAGGAUCACUGUGCCGCCGCACCUGGCCUACGGGAGCGUGGGAUCAGGCAGCGUGAUCCCGCCAAAUUCUGUCUUGGUGUACGACGUGCUGCUGCUAGACAUUUGGAACUCCGAGGACAAAGUCCAAAUCCGCACGCUCGGCAAACCCGAGCGAUGCGCGCGCACCGCCGGCGCCGCCGACUUUGUGCGUUACCACUACAACGGCACCCUGCUCUCCGGGCAGACCUUCCUGUCCAGCCACACGAAGAACGCGACCUAUGACACGUACUUGGGGCAAGGUGAUCUGAUCGAGGGCAUGGAGGAAGGCCUGCUGGGAAUGUGCGUGGGAGAAAGACGCACCAUCAUCGUCCCGCCGUUCCUGGCGUACGGAGAGAAAGGACACGGAAGCGGCGUACCCCCGCAGGCCACGCUGCUGUUUGAAGUCCUGAUGGUGGACGUAUUCAACCACAAAGACGACGUCGCGGUUGAGGUCUUGGAGGUCCCGGAAGGCUGCGAGCGGCGGAGCGCCGUCGGGGACUUCAUCCGUUACCACUACAACGGCACCUUCCAGGACGGCACCGCCUUUGACUCCAGCUACCGGAGGAACAGCACAUACAACACUUACGUGGGCCGAGGGUACGUCAUCGCCGGUAUGGACCGAGCCCUGCGGGGUCUGUGUAUGGGCGAGAAGAGGAAGGUGGUGGUGCCGCCUCACUUGGCGUACGGAGGACAGGGCGUCCCUGAUCUGAUCCCCGGCUCGGCCGUGCUGGUGUUCCACAUCCACGUGCUGGACUUCCACAACGCCGACGACGCGGUGGAGGUGAAAGUAGUGCGCCGGCCCGCGGAGUGCGGGCCCGGCAGCCAGAAGAACGACUGGCUGCGUUACCGCUACAACUGCUCGCUGAUGGACGGCACGCUGCUGUACUCCUCGGAGCAGCAGGACUCGCCGUCCGUCACCACGCUGGGGGCCAGUGAGGUGAUCCCGGGUGUGGAGCAGGGUUUGAUGGGCAUGUGUGUGGGCGAGGCCAGGGAAGUGGUGGUCCCGCCUCAAUGGGCUCACGGGGAAAAGGGAGCCGGCGUGGUCCCGGGCAGCGCCGUGUUGUUUUUCCAGCUGGAGUUGGUGGAGCUGCAGAUAGGCGUCCCCGACGGCUUCGUGUUCGUGUGGCUGGAGGAUGUCCCCGAGCCUCUCUUCGCCGCCAUGGACCUGGACGGCGACGGCCAGGUGCCCCUGCGGGAGUUCUCGGACUUCAUCACGCUGCAGGUGCGGCAGGGCAACGGCCGCCUGAGGCCCGGCGUGCCUCCCGACGACAUCAUCCGGGACAUGUUCGACAGUCAGGACACCGACAAGGACGGGAAGAUCGUCGCGCAGGAGGUGACGCUACAAACCGACAAGAAGGACGAGUUGUAAAAUGAGAGGCCUGCCCGAGCCAUCUGCAUACUGUGACGUCCACGAGCCGCUAUUUGAAAUGUUGGAAGGAUGCAUCGUUAAGUACGACUCGGUGAUCUGAAUGAAAAGAUAGGGAAUGUCGCAUUUUCGUUAGGGUUCGUUCAAGGUUGCAAAUCGUUCGCCAACCGUUUUAGUCUUUUUUUGGUCACGAGGAAUACGUUGACAUUUCCCUCCCAACAAGAAAAGUGCAGGCAAACCUCUAGCCACCUUGAACGGAACCUGACGAGAACGCCACAUUCGCAUUUGUUUGACGCUCAGUGUGGAUAGGGGUUAACAUCAGAGAACAUGACAACUCCAGACUCAAAACCUCCAACUCUUGAAUCUUGAACUGCAAGGCAGACGCAUUACAUGCUUAUCUUCUAUCUUUUUUUUUUUUUAUACUGGCUGUGGUACUUAAUGAAAAGUCCUGAGAGCAGAGAGAAUCAUUUUGUGAGAGAAAGUGUUUAAAAAAAAAAAAGAAAAAA